CAUUGAUUAACACAAGGUUUACCGAGUAAACCGGUUUUAGGCCAAUUUAAAAAAAUUAAUAACCCGAAGUUUUUAAUUAGGGUUUGGUUCGGGUGAAAUAUCUCAAAACGCCGGGUUUCAGCGGUUUGUUUGGGUUAUGUAAACCGCUAAUAUUUUUCACUAUAAUUAUUACUUUCUUAAGUUUCUUUCUCUUCUUGUUCUCUUUCUCCGAUUACCGGCGGAGGAGCAGCGUUUUCCGGCGGAGAAGUGUUGAUUCCGGCGGCGCAGCAAUAAGGUAAGAUCAAUGAAUAGAAAUGAGGUUGUAUGAAUUCUUGUUUAAAGGAAAUGAGGCACAAUUUUGUAGCUUGUAAAUUUGUACAGGACUUUUUUCAUGUAUGUAGUCCAAAGUAUGUCAUCAGAACCGGGCAAAGUGUACCACUGUAUUUGAAUGCAGCACUUCAGUAUUGUUCAGUACCAGUGAGUGAAGAAAGCUUACCUCUUGGAUGGUACGACGACGUGUUUCCGAGGCUGAUUAAAUUGUCCAAAUUGCUGAAGAAUGUGGAUUUGGUUGAUGGAAGGUUAGUGGAUGUCAAUGACAAUUCAACUGUCAGAGAUGAACGCCUUCUUAAUAGGAUGCUCCGAUUUAAGGCGCUUGCCAGAGCUUUUCUUGGGCAUCCAUCAGUACAAGAAGAACUGAUGAAGAAUGUGAGGGUUGCAAUGGCAGGUAGAAAAUGCAGUCCACCUGUUUGUUUUACCAACCCAGUUGAGAGGGAGCCUUUGCUUGUGAAUAACCUCACCAAAGUUUGCAACUAUCUGGACGUCUCUGCGCAACAAAGGAAGACAGUCCGAUUUACCAUAUGCCCACAGGUUGCACAGCACAGGAUUUUUACGGGUGCACUUGAAGAAAUUUUGGAGGGACUGAAAAGAGAGAUGAUGUUUUUGGAUUCUGAGACACCUAGCAAGGCCACAUUUAUGGGUCAGCAAAUUGUUACUACUUGUUUAAAUUUCUUAGCUGAAACAGCUUGUCGCCAAGAUGAGGAUGCUUCUUCAUGGAUGAGGCCGAAGCCAUAUAAAUCAGCUGUAUCUCCAUCAUCACGGAAGUGGGAAGAGGUCCUUGAAAUGUUCAAUGACCUCAUUGAUAAUUUAAGAAGAGAGGAAGGAUUAUCAUUCCAUGUGUCAAAGCUCAAGGUGAUGAAAGAAGGGCUAAUUCAGAUUAAAGAUGUGUUAGUUGAUAGAGAUAUCGGGUUCAAGGAAGUGCAACAUCAUGAAAGCUUAGUUCAUAAGAAACUUUUGAAGACAUUGGGUCACUCGUCACAAUGUUUGUUUACACUUGUAAGAUACUAUCUUCAUGAGAGUGUACGAGACAUGGAGGUAGAGGUGUCUGGCGGGUUAUAUGAGAUUGGUGAGAAGGAUAGGUUAUGCUUGUGCAUGGGGAAAUUGUUGACAUCAUCGGAAGAGAGAAUGGUUUGGAGCGGGAUAAAGCAAUUGGAUCGAGCUCUUGGAUUGUUUAAGUUUGUAUGGGAAACUGCUGGGAUGAACAAAACGCUAGAGUUGCAGGGACAUUUGUGGUGCGUUGGGGCUGAGCCAAGGACAAUUACUUAUAGAGGGAAUUUGUUCAUCCUCCAUGGACUUAGUAUAUAAAUUAGAGAUGCCGUUCAACUAAUAAUAAUGAAUAACUGCAACACCACCAUAUGGCCGGGAAUACUAGCAACCGGCGGUCAGAAUACACCUCUAGGAGGCG